CCAUAAUUCUUGUUAAUGCUUCUCACAAUUCAGAAGCAAAUUAAAGUUUUGAGUUUUGAAACAUGGAAGCUAUUGCUACAGUGAUGAUCAUGCUAAUCAUAAGUACUGUGUCCUUCACUUCUCUAGCGAGUGGACUAAGUUCGAAUUACUAUGACCACACGUGCCCUCAUGUAGACUCCAUCGUCUCCAGUGCUGUACAUAAAGCAACCACCAAUGACAAAACUGUCCCUGCUGCUCUGCUUCGCAUGCAUUUUCAUGAUUGCUUCAUAAGGGGUUGUGAUGCCUCUGUUCUGCUGGAAUCAAAGGGAAAGAACAAAGCAGAAAAAGAUGGGCCUCCUAACAUUUCUUUGCAUGCAUUCUAUGUCAUUGACAAUGCUAAGAAAGCAGUAGAAGCUGUUUGCCCUGGUGUUGUAUCUUGUGCUGAUAUUGUGGCUCUUGCUGCUAGGGACGCUGUUACACUGUCUGGAGGGCCCACUUGGGAAGUACCAAAAGGAAGAAAGGAUGGUAGAAUAUCAAAGGCCACUGAAACCAGACAAUUGCCAGCUCCUACUUUCAACAUCUCCCAAUUGCAACAAAGCUUUUCUCAAAGAGGCCUUUCCUUGGAAGAUCUCGUAGCCCUCUCAGGGGGUCACACACUUGGGUUCGCUCACUGUUCAUCCUUUCAGAACAGAAUACACAAGUUCAGCACCAAACAGAGCAUUGACCCAUCCAUGAACCCAUCAUUCGCAAACAGCCUCCGAAAAAUAUGUCCCUCUCACAACAAUGUAAGAAAUGCAGGGUCCCCUUUGGAUUCUAGCUCCAGUUGCUUUGACAAUGCUUAUUUCAAGCAACUCCUCCAAGGAAAAAGCAUAUUCUCUUCUGAUCAGGCACUGCUCACUCAUCCUCACACGAAAGCAUUGGUUUCCAAGUUUGCUCAUUCCCAAGAGGAAUUUAACAGAGCCUUUGUUACGUCCAUGAUCAAGAUGAGCAGCAUCGUCAACGGUGGAGGAGGAGAGAUCAGGCUCGACUGUAAAUUCGUUAGAUGAUUGAUGAUCCUUAUCAAAGUGUGUGUAUAAGUGUUACAUAUCAUCUUUUCUUACAAUUCCACAAUGGGUUAAAACUUGAAAGUGUACUUAUUUCAGUUAUUUGAUUGUUGUAAUUAAUUGACAUGCUUAUAAUUGUUGUAUAAUUGUCACUCUCUUCAUGUUCCAUUUAAUGAAAAAGAAUUUUUUCUA